GGGCGAGCUGAGCGAGCGGGGAGCGCGGAGCCAUGGCGGGGCAGCAGUUCCAGUACGACGACAGCGGCAACACCUUCUUCUACUUCCUCACGUCGUUCGUGGCGCUCAUCGUCAUCCCGGCCACUUACUACCUCUGGCCGCGGGACCAGAACGCCGAGCAAAUUCGAUUGAAGAAUAUCAGAAAAGUAUAUGGAAGAUGCAUGUGGUAUCGUUUACGGUUGUUAAAACCCCAGCCAAAUAUUAUUCCUACAGUAAAGAAAAUAGUUCUGCUUGCAGGAUGGGCAUUGUUUUUAUUUCUUGCAUACAAAGUUUCCAAAACAGACCGAGAAUAUCAAGAAUACAACCCUUAUGAAGUAUUAAAUUUGGAUCCCGGGGCAACAGUAGCAGAAAUAAAGAAGCAGUAUCGCUUGCUAUCACUUAAAUAUCAUCCAGAUAAAGGAGGUGAUGAAGUUAUGUUCAUGAGAAUAGCGAAAGCAUAUGCAGCUUUAACUGAUGAAGAGUCCCGGAAAAAUUGGGAGGAAUUUGGAAAUCCAGAUGGACCUCAAGUCACAAGCUUUGGAAUUGCUUUGCCGGCAUGGAUAGUUGACCAGAAGAACUCAAUUUUGGUUUUACUCGUAUAUGGCUUGGCAUUCAUGGUUAUCCUUCCGGUUGUUGUGGGCUCAUGGUGGUAUCGCUCAAUACGUUAUAGUGGAGACCAAAUUCUAAUACGCACAACACAAAUUUAUACAUAUUUUGUUUAUAAAACCCGGAAUAUGGAUAUGAAGCGUCUUAUCAUGGUUUUGGCUGGAGCUUCUGAAUUUGAUCCUCAGUACAAUAAAGAUGCCACAAGCCGACCAACAGAUAAUAUACUGAUUCCUCAGCUAAUUAGAGAAAUUGGCAGCAUUAAUUUAAAGAAGAAUGAGCCUCCACUUACCUGCCCAUAUAGCCUGAAGGCUAGAGUGCUUUUACUAUCCCAUCUUGCUAGAAUGAAAAUUCCUGAGACCCUUGAAGAAGAUCAGCAAUUUAUGUUGAAAAAAUGCCCUGCUCUGCUUCAAGAAAUGGUAAAUGUAAUCUGCCAACUAAUAGUAAUGGCCCGAACCCGUGAAGAAAGGGAGUUUCGUGCUCCAACUUUGGCAUCCUUGGAAAACUGCAUGAAGCUUUCCCAAAUGGCUGUGCAAGGUCUUCAGCAGUUUAAAAAUCCCCUUCUGCAACUCCCUCACAUUGAAGAAGACAAUCUCAGAAGAGUUUCUAAUCAUAAAAAGUACAAAAUUAAGACUAUUCAGGAUUUGGUGAGUUUGAAAGAAGUAGAUCGUCGCAGUCUACUACACUUCCUCGAAGACGAAAAGUAUGAAGAGGUUAUGGCUGUCCUAGGGAGUUUCCCUUAUGUGAUGAUGGACAUAAAAUCACAGGUAUUGGAUGAUGAAGAUAGCAACAACAUCACAGUAGGGUCUUUAGUUACAGUGCUGGUUAAAUUGACAAGACAAACAAUGGCAGAAGUAUUUGAAAAAGAGCAGUCUAUCUGUGCUGCAGAGGAACAGCCAGCAGAUGAUGGGCAGGUUGACACUAACAAGAACAGGACAAAAGGAGUAUGGCAACAGAAAAGUAAAGGACCCAAGAAAAUGGCUAAAUCAAAAAAAAAGAAACCUUUAAAAAAAAAAACUACACCAGUGCCCUUAACACAAUCAAAGCAACAGAAACAAAAGCAGGCAAAUGGAGCCAUUGGAAGUGAAUCUGCAGUAAAGGAAGAUGAAGAGGAAGUUUCUGACAAAGGCAGUGAGUCUGAAGAAGAAGAAACUAAUAGAGAGUCCCAGAGUGAAAAAGAUGAUGGUAGUGACAGAGACUCUGAUAGAGAGCCAGAUGAAAAGCAGAACAAAGAUGAUGAAGCAGAAUGGCAAGAAUUACAGCAAAGUAUACAGCGGAAGGAGAGAGCUCUACUUGAAACCAAAUCCAAGAUAACACAUCCUGUUUAUAGCCUUUACUUUCCAGAGGAAAAACAAGAAUGGUGGUGGCUUUAUAUUGCAGAUAGGAAGGAACAAACAUUAAUAUCAAUGCCAUAUCAUGUGUGUACACUCAGAGAUACCGAUGAGGUAGAACUGAAGUUUCCUGCACCAGGCAAGCCUGGGAAUUAUCAGUAUACAGUAUUUCUGAGAUCAGAUUCCUAUAUGGGUUUAGAUCAGAUUAAACCAUUGAAGUUGGAAGUUCACGAGGCUAAGCCUGUGCCAGAAAACCACCCACAGUGGGACACAGCAAUUGAAGGGGAUGAAGACCAGGAGGACAGUGAGGGUUUUGAAGAUAGCUUUGAGGAAGAGGAAGAAGAGGAAGAAGAUGAUGACUAAGCAGUGCUCUGAAAUGGACCAUAAUAUUUGCACAUAGUUGCAAGUCUUUGCUAGUUUGGAAAUGUAUAAUAAACCAGAAGCAGUGCAAGCUGAGGGAGGUGUUAGUUCUUUCCUGGAAAUGGGCACAUAAUCUGAUGGGGCAGUGGCAGUGCCUUGGUAUAGAGUCUGGAAAAAUGCUUAAGGCUGGUCAAAGCCUUUUUCAGUAUGGGAUGGUGCAUUUGUCUCAUUUGAAAAUGAUAAUAAACCCCUUGUUAAUGACUGUUCAGAUGUGUGGGUUAUGUAUUAUCUGAUCAGUUUAUGGUUCCAGUAAAAGUAAAGGUACAUUGGAGAAUCUAUAAAAGGAGCAACUUUUCUCUGUUUAGCUUUAGUUUUUAGCAAACAUUAAGGUAUGAUAAACACCACAGCUAUGUUUUAAGUAACAUCUGCUCAAGUUUUAAUGUUUUGAAAAGCUCUAUCGUUUUACAUUUUUCAGUGCUACAACUGUAAUAGCUCCACUCGUGCUUUUAAGUCUUUUAUUUUACCUGUCUUGGUCCUAAGUUGGCUUUCUCUCACAUUCCACACAACACAGAGGGCUACAUUUGGGGAUUUUCAUUUUAACCGUUGCCAAGAGUUAUCAGACAGAUUAUAAAAACGGCUUAAAACAUUUUUAAGCCUUUAUUUUAGCAGAUCAUGCAGGGUCUAAUUCUUUCUGUAAGCUCUAAGAAAUUAUUUUGGGACCACAUGUUCUAACGUUGACAACUUACAGAGUUACUAAGUAACCUUUUUUAAAAGGUUCACUAUAAAAGCUGAAAUUCGUUCUUAGCUUUUAAUCUACCUAUCAGAAGCCUUUUAAGGAAAGAAAUAUAUAUAAAACAUGCAAAGGAGGCAUUUUUUGUAUUCAUUUUGGACUCCUGUCAAUAAAAUAGAAGUUUGACUCA